AUGGAAGCUGAAGAGGAAGGGGCAAAAAAACUGUCUGAAGUAAGCUUUGAAAACUUGCCUCCCAACUACCAUAACGAGUCAAACAUGGAAACCAGAAUUGGUAAUAAAACUGUUCAGACUCAUCAAGAGAUUGAUAAGGUUACAGAUAACAAAACUGGAUCAACAUUUUUUUCUGAAACUGUUAUUACAUCUGUAAAUGACGGAGGAAACAAAAGAAAUCAUGAGUGCAUCAUUGAUGAAGACUGUGAAACAGGGAAAUAUUGCCAGUUCUCCACCUUUGAAUACACAUGCCAGCUCUGUAAAAUGCAGCACACACCCUGCUCACGGGAUGUGGAGUGCUGCGCAGACCAGCUGUGCGUCUGGGGCGAGUGCAGGACAUCCACUGCCAAAGGGGAGAACGGCACCAUUUGUGAGAGCCAACACGACUGCAACCCUGGAAUGUGCUGUGCUUUUCAGAAAGAACUGCUGUUUCCUGUGUGCACUGCACUACCUAAAGAAGGUGAACCCUGCUAUGAUCCUUCAAACAGACUUCUCAACCUGAUCACCUGGGACCUGGAACCCGAUGGAGUCCUUGAGCGAUGCCCAUGUGCAAGUGGCUUGACCUGCCAACAUCAGAG